AUGCCGCAAUUCCACAAUACCAAACCGACAAAAGAUUACAUGGAUGUGCACGUAUUUCAAAGCUGUGCUCGGGUGAUCACUGGGAUCGGAACCGGCCAGUUAAAUGCUUUGGUGCCCGUCUGGACUUCUGAGCUUUCGCAUCAUUCCGGUCGAGGUGCCGCAAUGGGCUUUGAAUUUAUGCUUAACAUCGCCGGACUCGCCACAGCAUAUUGGAUCGAAUUUGGCUUGCGUGAAGCAAAUCAAUCCUUACGUUGGAGAUUGCCCUUGGCUUUGCAGGUUGGAUUUUUGGUGGUUCUUCUAAUCCUAGUUCCCCUGUUCCCGGAAUCGCCUCGAUGGUUGGCAAAAAUGGGUCGCGACCAGGAUGCCCGGCAAGUUCUUUCAGUCCUCCGACACAAGGCCGGAGAUUCGCAAGAAGAACUCACUGGACGGGUGGAGCUUGAGCUCCAGGGAAUCCUGGAGACUGUCCAAGAGGAGCGAAAGCAGGAAGAAAACGGUGCAAUUACCUAUUGGUCUAUGUUGUUCUGUGAUGACCCUCAGCAUUUACGUCGCAGGACUUGGUUGAUCAUUUGGCUCCAAAUCAUGCAGGAAUUGGUUGGAAUCGGAGUCGUCACUGUUUAUGCGCCGACCGUCUUUCAACAGGCUGGAUAUAGCGAGUAUAAGGCCGACUUGCUCUCCGGUAUUAAUGAUAUAUCUUACAUGUUGAGCGUUACUGUUGCGAUUGUGACGCUGGAUCGGAUGGGCAGACGGGUCACGCUUUACUGGGGGGCCAUCUUGAUGGGCAUUUCCUUAUUGAUCUGUGGAAUUGCUGCAAGAUUUGUUACCGACAUCUCCUUAUCCACUGUUGACCGUCAGACUUGGGGAAACGUCGUUACCGCUUUUACUUUCAUUUACACCGCUACUUUCGGCGCCACCUGGUUAACCGUCCCAUGGCUUGUGCCUACCGAAAUCAUGCCCCUGUAUGCACGAGCGAAGGGUGGAUGCUGGAGUGUCGUUGGAUGGUCGAUAGGAAAUGGAAUCGUUACCGAGAUCGCACCGUUCUUGUUCAACUCGAUCACCUACUGGACAUUCAUCUUAUUCGGUCUCCUGAACUUUUUCACCCUGCCGAACAUCUACUUCUUGUACCCAGAAACAGCGGGCAGAAGUCUUGAAGACAUGGACGUCCUCUUCGAAUCUGACAGCAUCUUUGUUCAUAGAGCCAAGGAUCAACCCAAGAGUGACGGUCUUAAUAGCUCGCUCCACCCCAAAGAAGUGAUUGGAUAG